UAACGAGACAUAUUUGUUACAAAGAGAUAGCGAUGGUCCAUAUAAAAGUCUCCCAGGAGUCACCAGCAAACAGUCCAAGUCCACGGCGACGAGAGAAAGAGAGAGAGAGAGAAAAAUUAUAAUAAAAAAUGCUGAAUAAUAUUGAAUACCGCAUACCCGUAUAUGGAGAGGAGAAGGAGGUUUUUUUACAACAAAGCCCUCCACAUAAGUUUUUUAAUAGAUUGUAUAAUAAUCCAGGUUUUCAAAUUUUUAAAAUAAUAAUUAAUUCAAUUUUAGAUACCGAAGAAUGGGAGGAAAGGGAGAAGGAGAUGGGGGCUAAUGAAGAGGAGGAGGAAGUAGACACACAGUCGGUCAUAGAAGUCAUUAACAUUAAUGACUCUGAGGAGGAGGAGGCUGAUGAAGAAAUAGGCGUACAGUCGGCCAUAGAUAUAGAAGUCAUUAAUCUUAUCAGUGAAGAGGAGGAGGAGGCGGAAAUGGAAGAGUCUGAAGAAGAAGAAGAGGAGGAGGCGGAAAUGGAAGAGUCUGAAGAAGAAGAAGAGGAGUAGGAGGCUGUAAAUGAAAGGGAGGUGGAAAUGGAGGAGUCUGAAGAAUAGGGAGUAGAAAUAAUAAUUAAAAUCAAUUGCGGCGA